AGUCCUGAACUUGACAUUUUACAAUACCGUAGUGCAUAUGUCUUGCUGCCUCUCAACACAUCUAAAGCUCACUAAGAUUACUCACUAAGUCCUGGUGCCCCUGAAGAAAACUAAGCUGACCGUUUCAUUAGUGUAAGGAUGUCUCGGCCAGACAGUGCCAUCAGCUUCCAGGAGAUGAUCAGGAGGAAGCGGGAUGGUGGUCAACUCAGCUCAGAAGAGAUCUGUGCUUUUAUACAAGGAGUCAAGUUGGCCAACAUACAGGAAUGUCAAAUUGGUGCCAUGCUCAUGGCCAUCUGGCAGAAAGGUAUGGUGAAUGAGGAAACACUGGCCUUAACAAAGGAGAUGAUGAUGUCAGGGGAAGUUUUCCACUGGCCUGAGGAGUGGGCAGAGCUUAUGGUGGACAAACACUCUACUGGUGGAGUCGGAGACAAGAUCAGCCUGCCAUUAGCUCCUGCUUUGGCUGCCUGUGGAUGCAAAGUCCCCAUGAUUAGUGGACAUGGACUAGCACACACUGGGGGCACACUGGACAAGCUGGAGUCCAUCCCUGGGUUUAACAUCCACCAGUCUGUAGAGCAGGUGAGGCAGAUUUUGCAGGAUGUGGGCUGUUGCAUUGUGGGUCAGACGGAGACUCUGGUGCCUGCGGACAGGGUUCUGUAUGCUCUCAGGGAUGCCACAGCUACUGUGGAUAGUCUCCCCCUGAUCACAGGCUCGAUCAUCUCAAAGAAGGGCGCUGAGGGUCUGUAUGCACUUUUGUUAGAUGUGAAGUUUGGUAGGGCUGCUCUAUAUAAAGACCUGAACAGUGCUCGAACCCUCGCCCAGUCACUGGUUAACGCGGGAAACAGCUUGGGUACGAGGACAGGUGCGGUGCUUAGCCGAAUGGACACUCCCAUUGGCCGUUGUGUGGGGAAUGCUUUGGAGGUAUGUGAAGCCUUGGAAUGCCUCAAAGGGCGGGGCCCUGAUGACCUGAAAGAACUGGUCACGUUUUUAGGUGGCUGUUUGCUGUGGAUGAGCCAUCGAUCACCUAGUCUAGAGAACGGACAGAGGAUGAUCGCUGAGGUCCUGACAAACGGAGCAGCCCUGCACAAGUUCCAGGCCAUGCUGGAGGCCCAAGGGGUCUCCACACAGAUUGCCCACUCCCUCUGCUCACAAACAACUGAUUACUUCAAACACCUGAGACGGGCAGAGUAUCAGACAGAGCUUCAGGCUUCAGACGAUGGAACAGUUGUGGACAUAGACGGCAUGGUCAUAGCCACUGUGCUGCAUAAAUUAGGAGCUGGACGCACCAGGGCUGGGCAGUCAAUCAACCACAGUGUAGGAGUGGAGCUUCUGGCAGACUUGGGACAGCAGAUACAGAGAGGUCAGUCCUGGAUCAGGAUCCAUCAUGACUGUCCAGUAUUGAGUCCAGAGCAGCACUCUGACCUUCAGGGAAGUUUGCUUAUCGGUGGCAGAGACAGUUACCAGACCAGAGCCAGAGUGGCAGAGUUCAUUCAACCGCCCGACACCAGACUCACCCCACAGGACCCGUCUGAACCUGAUGGAAGCACAUCGUAAUGACCGUCAGCUCAUUUCUGUGUUUUAAUGAUCAUUUAAAGCUGCCUGUACAGUAGAGAAUACAGUACUGUGCAUAAAAUGCUCAUAACCUCUUCACCAAGUAAAUGCUGAAUGAAAUGAAAGCGGUGCACUUAGGAUGUUCUUCAAGGGUUCUUUAGUGAAAGGUUCUAUUUAGAACCAUUCAUGCUUAAAACGUUCUUUGCAUGGUGAAAUGGCUCUUCAGAUUGAUGGAGAGUGGUUCUGUAUUGCACCAGAAUGGGUUCUUCUGUUGUUAUGAUGUCAAGCUUGUAACAAUAGAAGAACCCUUCUUGGUGCUAUAGAACCAUUUUCA